ACUGCUUUCCAGGGAAAAAAACAUCUCUGGAACUCUGCUGUAAAACCCUUAUCUUUUUAUUUUUCUAUUCACUCCAGCUCCAUUUGUCUGUAGGAUAUGGAGAUUUUUUAAGUGGGUUACUUUAGUUACUGCUAUUUUUGUCUUCUUUAGGGCCUUUGAAGCAUUAGAAGUGGGGAUGCAUAAUGAGUGAGGAUAGCAGAUUCAGGAUUUGGAGGUGAGGUGGUGGGUUUGAUCUUUGGGCAUGUAGUGUAAAAACUUUGAAUUCACGGUGACGAGGAGAAUUUUAUCUGUGCGUGAAAGUUCACUGAGAAAAGGUACCUGUUUAAGUUUUUUUUUCUUUUUACUUCAACAGCUUAUGAGGGCUUAUGAUUUAUAAAAGAUUUGGAAAAAGUUGGGGUUUUCUUCCGUGACUAGGAAUGGAAGCUGUCAUUGGAUUUCUUAAUAUGAUGAACUCUAACUCUCUAGGCUUGAAUGAUAACUGAAAAGUGGGUGUGCAUUAUGAGUUUACUCGUUUUUCUAGUAUAACAGUACUCAAAACUGAGCCUGCAUUUGGGUCCAUUGUCUCUGGUUCUUACUAUCUGUCAGUCACUAGGCAGAAGAAGUUGUUGGAAAUUUGGGAAAAUGGGUUGUGUUGCAUCGAGGAUUGAUAAGGAAGAGAGGGUGCGAGUUUGCAAGGAGAGAAAGAAGCUAAUGAAACAGUUGGUUCGGUUUAGAGGAUCCUUUGCAGAUGCCCAGUUGGAUUAUUUAAGAGCAUUGAGGAAUACUGGAGCAACACUUAGACAAUUUACAGAGUCCGAGACAUUAGAGCUUGAUACUACUCCAUAUGGCUUGGCAUUGCCAGCUUCCCCUCCUCCCCCUUUGCCUCCUUCCCCUCCACCACCACCUCCUUACAGCCCUGAUUUGAGAAAAUUGGAUAACAGAGAAGAAGUUGGUCUAGAGGAAAGCAUAGAGAUUACAGAGGAUGAUAUCAGUACUCCACCUCCUCCAGGCCCGAGCUCGUCAUGGGAAUCUUGGUACCUUUUUGACCCUUCUUCACCACAGCAUCUGAAACAUAAUGAAACAGUGGAACCACUUGAAGAGGAAAACUGGGCAGAGACUAAGACGGAUUUUGAGGAAGACGAACAUGAAGAGGAAACUGCUUCAAAUGUUGUAAAUUCUCCGCCUAAGAAACCGCAGCUCGCAGAUUCCGUUGGGGAUAAUUCAUCAACGAUGAAGUUGUAUACUAAGGACACUGCAGACAUGGCCAUGGUACUAUGGAGAAGCAAGAAGACCUUGGAGGGUAUAGCUAAGGUGAUAGAUGAAUAUUUUCUCAAAUCAUCAGAUGGUUUAAAGGAAAUUGCUGUUCUUAUGGACAUCAAAAGAGGGAAUACUUUUCUGCCUCAGAGUACGAGUGAAAGCAAAAGGAAGAGGGGCAAUUCCACAAAGGUCUUUAGUGCAUUGUCAUGGAGUUGGUCUUCUAGGUCACUUCAGUUUCCAAGAGAUGCAGUUGAGUCUAGUGGUCCAAGUGAACCAUGCAGGCCAGGAGCUCAUUGCAUUACACUUCAAAAAUUAUAUGAUGAGGAAAAGAAACUUUACAAAGAAGUUAAGGAGGAAGAGUUUACCAAAUUAGAGCAUGAUAGGAAAUCCAAGUUACUGCAAAAACAAGAGGAUGAAAACCAUGACUGGACCAAGACUGAGAAAACUCGGUUAAGCGUUGAGAGUUUGGAGUCUGACAUCUUACGUCUUCAGCAUUCAAUCAGCACCACUUGUUCUUCUUUAGUGAAGCUCAUAGAUGAUGAGCUGUAUCCUCAGUUGGUCACACUAACUUCCGGGCUUUUGCACAUGUGGAGAACGAUGUAUGAAUGUCACCAAGUUCAACAUUUUGUUUCCCAGCAGUUGAAUAUUCUUACUGAUAUAAAGAUGGACUUGAGUACCAACUACCACCGCCAAGCUGCAAUUCAACUGGAAACCGAGGUUUCUUGCUGGUACAACUGGUUCUGUGAAGUCAUAAAAUCUCAACAAGAGUAUGUUAGAACACUUUCCAGGUGGAUCCAACUUACUGACAGUCUUGUCGAUGACCAUCGUAAGAGUCUUUACUCAUCUUCUGUUCGUCGCAUGUGUGAACAAUGGAAUCUUGCCUUUGAACGAUUACAACAUAAGGGGGCAGCAGAAGCCAUUAAGAGCCUUCAAUUAGCGAUCUGCUCAAUUCGCGUGCAGCAAGUAGAGGAGCACAAUGUGCAGAAAAAGUAUGAAAAACUUGAGAAAAGGCUGCAAAAGGAGUUAUAUUCAUUGGCUGAGAUGGAGAAAAAGAUGGAGGGGAGCGUCACCGAGGGAGAUGAGUACUCCAGUUUAGGCCCUAAGCAUCCUUUGUCACUUAAGCGAGACAAAACUGAAGACUUAAAAAAGGAAGUGGACAGUGAGAAGGCCAAAUUUCUUAACUCAGUCCGGGUUAGCAAGUCCAUGACUCUAGAAAACCUAAAAAGAAGCCUUCCCAAUGUAUUCCAAGCGUUAAUGACAUUUUCUAGUCUCUAUGUUGAAGCCAUUGAGGCUGUUUGUGGCCUCAUUAAACCAGCUGAUGAUUCUGAUGGUACAUUGUCAACCUCAUAGAAUUAACGCUGUUGCCUUGAAAAUAUGGAGAUGAAAUAUGACUCUUCCUGGGUUAUCAGGGAAGUUGAAGAUGUUAACAUUAGAAUGCUGAAGAUUUUGUUAGAUUGGCAGAUCUUAAUUGCUUUUCAAAGAUGCCGUU